UUAGGGGAAUAGACAGGAGACUGCUCCUAACAGAGCAUGGGGGAGCCGACCCCCCCUCACAAGGGCUGUCUGCACCUGCCCUGCUCUUACCCCCCUGGCUCUGACACUCCAUGACAUGGGACUGUGCUGCUGUCGUGACAGAGAACACCUGAGCUCAGGUGAUAAAGUUGCAGUAAAUCAUGAAGCUUUCCUUCUUAUGGCCAAUUCGCAGCAUGACAUGGAGGACUGGGUGAAAGCCAUCCGGCGAGUUAUUUGGUCUCCCUUCGGUGGAGCUGUGUUUGGUCAGCGUCUGGAGGAUGCAGUCAACCAGGAGGCUCGAUCUGCCCCACUGGUGGUGGAACAAUGUGUGGAUUUUAUACGGGAGUAUGGACUGCAAGAAGAGGGCCUGUUCAGGCUACCAGGACAAGCCACUCUUGUGAGGGACCUUCAGGAAGCUUUUGACUGUGGUGGAAAACCUCCCUUUGAUACGGACACAGAUGUCCACACUGUUGCAUCUCUCUUGAAGCUCUACCUCCGAGAGCUGCCGGAACCAGUUAUCCCAUUCAGCAGAUAUCAGGAUUUUGUAGGUUGUGCACAUAUUCUUUCCAGGGACCAAGAAGAGGGCACACAGGAGCUGUGCAGGUUGGUGAACAGCCUACCCCCUGCCAAUUAUAAUCUCUUGAAGUAUAUUUGCAGUUUUCUUGAUGAAGUUCAGUCCCACUCAGUAGUUAACAAGAUGAGUGUGCAUAAUCUGGCCACAGUCUUUGCACCCAACAUAUUGCGCCCCAAACUGCAGGAACCCCAAGAUCUAAUGAAAGGAGCAUCGCUAAUCCAGCACCUGAUGACUAUUUUAAUCCGUGAGAACAAACAGCUUUUCCCAUCAGUCAUAUGUGACACUCCAGUACGUACUUCUGGGCUGCAGAGCAGAACAGCUGAGUGGGCCCCGGGCGAGAGUGCAGCAGAACAACGAAGCACACCUUCAUUACCACAAAACACAGAAGCCUGUUUAAAUGGGAGCCGUGAGCAGACGCCAGCAAAGGGUCAAGUGUGGAACAGCUGGAGGUCAUCAUUCAGGUUCUCCAAUGUCAAGCAGGGAACCUCCAGCUCUGACCUUCCUAACCUGCCCUCCAGUGGAGCAUGGCUACUGAACGGAUUGUCCUCUUUGCGUGCGCAUCGAAGGACAUCCUCCGGAGAGAGGAAUGCCAUGCAGAGACUAUCAGUAUAUGAUAACGUUCCAUCCAGUGCACAAUCCUUGCCCAGUAGCACUUGGACCUCAUCCUGUAAUCUCUCACUGACUGACUCGCUGGGUAGCUGCCCGGCCUGCAGAGGGAGUCAGUUAUCCAAGGGCUCGGAGUCUGGAUGGCAGGUGUCAUCGUUCAACAGUGAGAGGGGCACUUUACAGCUAGCAGACAGCACAGAGCGCCUGGAGCUUUGUGUUAGUGGUAGCGAACAUAGCGAUGCUCCAACGUCAGAGUCUGGAGAAGGCUGGGCCUAUCAGAGGAUGGUUACUGAGCUGAAAGAGGAGCUGACAAAACAGAGGCUGGAGUAUGAAAGCAGGAUUCAAGGUUUGGAGAGGGCAAGAGCAGAGCUGCGCCUCCGUGUUGGCAGCCUGCAGGAGGCACUGGAUCAAGAGAAGAAACACCGUACCCUACUUGAAAUCAAACUCAGGAACUCCGAACGAGGACGUGAGGACUCUGAAAACAGAAAUGCUAUGCUGCAGAGGGAAAUGGAAGAAUUCUUUCAAACUCUGGGUAGCUUAUCCACACCCAAGGACACUGAAUGACAGAUGAACAUCACUUACAAAGGGGCAUGUGGCAGCCAGUUUGCAAAACCACAUAUGCGAGCUUAGUUUAAGAAGGGAACACGCAUAAAUAUGUAACCUCAGGGUCUAUAACCGACAAUGGGAUUUAAAAUCCUUAAAGAAAAACUGUUCCAGAGGUGCCUAAAAUUCACUACAUUUUAUGGGAUGAAAAGUAAAGAAAGUUACUUUUUAUUUGAUUUUUUUGUACUAUGUUGCACUUUUUGCGUAGUUGUGGUGAACUUGUGAAGAUAAACAGGAUGGUAUGUGAACUUUUGCAGUGAAUAUAAACUGUUUUACUGAUCCUGCAUGCCAAAAAUAUAUGUUAAGCCUGUUGUGAUGGAAGGAAUGCAUAUUCACGUGCCUAUCCCUGAAAUGAACCAGAUAGGAAUUAACUGCAGCCUUUUCCAUCUGGUGCUUCACUAAGUGACCAUUGCAAUAUUAAACAAUUUGUUUUUAAGUUAUAAAGUUGUCUAAACUUUAAGAAUAUUGCCAGUGAAAUAAUUUUAUUUAAAUGUGCAGA